CAAAGGCAACAACAACAAUGUGGGUCGUGCAUAUUGAGCGUAUGCAAAUACAAAAUAACAACAGAUAAAUGCCAAAAAUCUACUACACUUUUAUAACCAAAACACACAGAGCGCGUGAGAGCGUGCGAUAGCGGCAGAGAUGGAGCUCGCUCGCUCGCUCUCUCUUAGGAGGACCACCCCCACAGCGAAGAGAGCGAAAGAGAGCGGCGGUUAGAAGUAUCUGCGGGGUACACCAACACUAAGAGAGCGCGUAUCUGUAUCUGUAUCUUCUUGUCUGCGUUUUUUCGUCUCGUCGUAUAAAUUGAGCCGCACUUUGCUUAUUCUCGAGUUUUUGCCGCUCAGACGUCUCUGUAAGUGCACGCGUCGCUCGUCUUUUCGGUUCCGUUCCGAAUCGGUUUCGUUUUCGGUUUCCAAUACCAUACCUCCAGUUCCCACACACACUUGAAUGGAAAACCAUCUGAAAGAUACCUGUGCCCAAGAACCCAGUUUAAAGCAGGAAAAUUGAAAAAUAUCUGAAAUAACUUGAUACUAAUCAAAGGAAAACAUUUUUAAAUGUUUGAGAGCUAAUAUUCCAGUUUAAAAGAGGAAAUUUAUCAGACAACUAUAAGCUUCAUCCUCAUAAAACAGUUAAAUUUAUAUAAAUGAUACAAAUACCUAAAUAAACUUCUUAAUUUUAUAAAAACCUUCAUUCAAUACUCAUUUUUUGAGAUUUUUUCACGUUAUUAAAAGGCUCCGUUAGCCCAGUUUAACAUUUUAAAACAAAGAAAAUCUUUAUAAAAUCCCAAAGCAACGUGAUUGCGAAUUUAAGUGCCAAAAUUCAUUUUCAGUGAGUGCUCGAAAAAUUGUUUAACUGAAACCCAGCCGCAAAUACAAUUUUCAAUUGGCUGUAUUCGUGUUUUCAACGCACAAACAUACAAAUGUAGCAUUUAAUUUUGUCCAUUAUGUGUGCAAUUAAAUAAAAAAAAUUCUGUGUGUGAAAAAGCAAAAAAAAAACAGUGCGGCGAACGGAGGCAGCAACAAAUUAGACGCGUAAAUUGCGUAUCAAAUUCUGAAUGAAAAAAAUCAACAGAACCAGAAAGCGAAUCAGGAGCGAUAAGCUUACCAACCGAAGAAACUCAAGCCUAUGAAAAAUACACAACACUGCCAUAUUGCAACAAAGAAUAUAGAACUGUUAUCAGAGACCAGAUCAACCAAUCUACCUCGUUUUCUGGGCCAAUAAGCAAACGCACAUUGAGUUAAAUGCGAAACCCCAACUUUCCAAUAGGAAAAUGGAACGGGAAAUAACCAAGACGACAUAGAGGACAUCCACUAAAUCGUACCGCUGAGAUUAUACAGUUGAGAUCAAUAGAGCCCUCGAAAAAAGACCAAGGACCCACUUAGUUUUUUGGAAACCCCCUGGAAAAAGCUAAGAUGACGAAGAGCAAUGGCGAUGUGGAGGCGGCAACCCAGGUGCAAUCUCUGGGUGGAAAGCCCAGCAAUGGACAUGGCCCGUUGAAUGGGAAUGGCUAUCACCAGAAUGGCGGGCGGCGGGACUCCAGCCAGGCCUUCACACCCCUACUGUCGCAGCACAACAAUGGCACAGCCACCAAUAAUGGGGAGGUGACAACCCUGCCACCCAGUACAGUACUGUACGAAAGCACUCCGAGCAACAACAAUGAGUGGAAGGCCCCCGAGGACUUGGGCCAGCUGAAAAAUGGACUCGGCAACCUGCUGAGCAGCAACAAUAAUGGCACUGGCAACGGGCACAGUCUCAGCGAAAAGUAUGCCCACGAACAGGCCCCCCUAACUGGGAACUACAAGUUACCCCCUCGAUCCAGCGAGUCCGAGGAGUCCGACUUCGAUUCCGACCUCAAUGGCAGCUCCUCCGCGGAGUCCAGCUCCAGUUGCGGCCUGUUCGGCUGCCGACCCAGGUGGGCACGGAGAUUCGCCUCCACACAUGUCUUCAUGGUGGUCUUCCUGCUGGCCUACAUCCUGCAGGGCAUGUACAUGACCUACUUCGUGUCCGUGAUCACCACCAUCGAGAAGCUCUUCCAGAUCAAGUCGAAGACCACGGGUAUCCUGUUGAGUGCCAGUGAGAUGGGUCAGAUAUGCACGGCCAUGUUGCUGACCUACUUCGCUGGGAGGGGUCAUCGCCCCAGGUGGAUAGCCUGCGGCAUGGUCCUCUUCUCCAUUGCCGCCUUCUCCUGCGCCCUGCCCCAUUUCAUCUUCGGCGAGCAGCUGAUGCACUCCAGCGUGAUCCUGCAGCAGCCGCAGUCAUCCUCCUCCCUCUGGCAGGCGAAUCCCAAUCUCUGCACCCUGGGCGGCAAUGAAACGCUCUCGGGCAGCGAGUGCAACGAGGAGCGCCAGCUGGAGCAGGCCUCCCACUCCAAGAUCACCGUCAUCGUGCUGUGCAUUUUCUUUGGCAGCCUGCUGAGCUCCGGUAUUGGCCAGACCGCCGUGGCCACCCUGGGCAUUCCCUAUAUCGAUGACAAUGUGGGCAGCAAGCAGUCGCCCAUGUACAUGGCCGUCACCAUUGGCAUGAGGAUCCUGGGACCCGCUUCGGGUUUCAUUUUCGGCAGCUUCUGCACCCGCUGGUAUGUGAACUUCUCGAAUCCCGGCUUCGAUGCCACCGAUCCGCGCUGGAUCGGCGCCUGGUGGCUGGGACCGGUGGCCAUCGGCAGCCUCAUGCUGCUGGCCUCCAUUGCCAUGUUCUCGUUCCCCAAGCAGCUGAGGGGCAAGCAGCAGGCGCAGGGCCAGGCGGCCACUCCAGCUGCCCCAGUCGAGCCCGAGGAGAAGCCCAAGCUUAAAGACUUUCCAAAGACUGUGCGCCGUCAGCUGAGCAACGACAUCCUGAUGUUCCGCACCGCCUCCUGUGUGUUCCACCUGCUGCCCAUCGCCGGUCUCUACACGUUCCUGCCCAAGUAUCUGGAAACCCAGUUCCGGCUGGCCACCUACGAUGCCAACAUGAUAGCCGCCUUCUGCGGCAUCCUGGUCAUGGGCAUCGGCAUCGUCAUCUCGGGCCUGUUCAUCCUGAAGCGGAAGCCCACUGCCAGGGGCGUGGCCGCGUGGAUCGCCUUCACCGCCCUGGUUUACUCAGCGGGCAUGAUCAUCCUGAUGUUCAUCGGCUGCAGCAUGAACGACUUUGCCGGCUAUAAGCCAAGCGAUGGCAACAGUCCCGCUCUGAUCGAGCCCACGUGCAGCGCCGCUCUCAACUGUACCUGUGAUAAGGAGAACUUCGCGCCCAUCUGCGCCGACGGCAAGAUGUACAUCUCGGCCUGCCACGCCGGAUGCAGCAGCUCCUCGCUGCGGCCCAGCGACAAUCGCACCCUCUACUCCGACUGUGCUUGCAUUCCAGAUGCUCCGGAGGCGGUCAACGGUUACUGUGAUAAUGACUGCAAGAACUUCAUCUACUUUAUACUGAUCUUUGCCAUUUGCGUAUUUAUGCAUUCCACCUCCGAGGUGGGCAGCAUGCUGCUCGUCAUGCGCUGUACACAUCCCAAAGAUAAGGCCAUGGCCAUGGGUGUGAUACAGUCGGCCAUCGGCCUGUUCGGCAAUGUUCCUUGUCCGAUCAUCUACGGCGCAGUGGUGGACUCCGCCUGCCUCAUCUGGAAGUCCGUGUGCGGCAAGCACGGAGCCUGUUCGCUCUACGAUGCGGACACCUUCAGGCAAUACUUCCUAGGAAUCACGGCUGGCAUCAUGUUCCUGGCAUUCCUGAUGGACCUGGUGGUGUGGCGCAAGGCGCACCGCAUCGACAUCGCGCCGGAGGAUCCCCAGGAGGGAGGGCCCACGCCCAACGGAAGGUCCCUGGAGGCGUCCGAGUCCAAGCAGCCCAUCACCCCGGCGCCGGACACGACGGUCUAGGGGGAGCGGGACGGAGACGAGCCUUGCACCUGCUGCAAGAUUUCCAAUAAACGUUUACCUUAAUUGUUAAUUAGUUAUCAUUUUGUCUAGUUUGUUAGCCUAGUGCAAGAGUUAUGUAUUUAGUUAAGUGGCAUCUUUGAGUGUCGGGAGACCUCAUUAAAAUCUACAUUAGAACGCGCUCGUCCAGCCCCCCGAUCCCGCUCCAAGUCCCUGCUCCAUAUUCUACAUAAAGCCUAUAAAAUACGAUUAGAUUCUGUGUAAAUCUCAGCGCGAAACGAAGAAAUGAAAUUCUAGACACUAUCAAUCUGCAUGCAAGAGCGUAAUUGAACGACAAAAACUAAAAGAGAAUUAUCGAGAAUUGUGCGAACGGCAAGAAAAUUGAUAAAUCCUUAUGUGUAACUAUGUGUAACAGCUAUAUCGCGAUGUAUGUACAUCUGUAAUUAAUAUAUUAGACAUAUACAUUUACAUGUAUGUAUGUAAUUGCAACCUAUCUGUGGUAGUUAAAUUUUAGUUAAAAUUCAAAUUAAUUGUCUAAGUUUGUCAUACAACAAAAAUAUACGAAAAGAAAUUAAAUGGAAAACUAUAUACAAGUAA